GACACCCCCAUUCCUUGUAAUUGCCAUCAAAACAUCUUAUUUCAAUAGCAAUAUCUCCUCAAAAAAAAAAAAAAAAACUUCACAAUUCAAUUUAAUUCCCUCUCUUUGCUUUCAACUAUCAUCCCUCAUUUGGAUGUUGUUGUUUGCUUAAGAAGGAAAACAAACAAUUCGACUCAACUCCUAUUUGUUUUAAUCCUCAAACUAUGAGUAUCAAGAACUUCAAGAUGGCAAAAGAGGCACAAAAACUUAGUAUCGAUAUCCCACUACCCCCAACUAAGAUGGGGAUAGUGAAACAAGGCAUAGUGUCUAUUCUUGGAACAGACACUGAAAAAGGAAACAAAGGUGUAGCUGCUUCAAUUAGGAGAACCCUUUCAGCUGAUAUGUCAUCAAAGAAAUGGCUAUCAGAAAAUGGUUUCUCUCCUAUGAAGAAAAUUGCUUCCUCAAAAGAACUUGAUGUUCUUGGACAAGAUGAGAUUUGGAGAUCAAUUCAAAAUGGUGGUAACAAAACAUCAAAUGAUGUUUGGAGUUCAAUUUUAACUCAAAAGAAAGAAGAGUCAUCUACACUUCCACCUCCUUAUAUUCAUCCUCUUUUGAAAAAAUCAACUAGCUCUUUAACUGAAAAAAGUCUUGAAAUUUGUACUGAAAGUCUUGGAUCAGAAACUGGUUCUGAAAUUAUUAGCCUUGAUGAUCAUCUCCAAAAACAAGAAGAAGAAGAAGAAUUGUCCCCUCAAACAUUUGAGGAAUUUCCUGUUGUUAAGUUUAACCAUAACAAAAAAACAUCAUCUCCUCCUCUUCCAAAAUCAUUCCCUCCAACUAUUUCUUCCAUGGCUGCAGAGGACAAGCCCUCUGUUCAUAUGCAAUCUCACAGGCAGAAUGGUAGAUUGAUUCUUGAAGCUGUCUCUGUUCCUCCUCAGAAUCAUUUCCGCGCUGAACGCGUUGAUGGUCGCCUUCUUCUCACCUUAAUCAUCACCACUUCAUCAGAAAUUGAAGCAGAGGAUCAACAAGUGUUUGACGAAAUUCAAGAAGUCGAACACAAUGAAACUAAUGAUGAUGAUGAGGAAAAAGGAAAUGAUACAAAAGGGAUGCAAAUUGUGCUUGAGCAAAAAUCAAGAUUGUCAAAUGGGAGAAUGAAUGUGAACACAUCAACAUUGAUGAUGAAACAACUCAUGGGUAAUAAAUGGCCUAACAAGAUGAACAACUCAAUUAAAUUGAUUGAACAUGAAGAUGAAAUAACCCCAAUUAUCCCACAAAUCCCUCCUCAUCUAAUCACACCUGAAGCAUCUCCAUUCAAUGCCUAUAACUAUUUCUGGAAGAAAAAUCCCAAUCCCAAUCCCAGUGUGACAACCAUUGUCAACAGUACUACUCCCAUUGCCAAAAGUACAACAAAGAUAGCAGAGCAGCAAGAUUUGGUGUUAAUGAGAGGAAACAAAGGGAACAUCAAUUAUUUGGUGCCUAUGUUGAAAGGAUGCAAAGAGAAGAGGAAGUCUCUACUCAUUUGGGAGCCAUAUUGCAUUGCAACAUCCUAAUAAUCAUCAUCAUUACUUGUCUAAUAAUCCUAAUGUUUAAUUUAAUUAAGUAGAAACAUCAUAACAUAUAAUCUUAUAAAGUAUAGUAUAUCACAAAUAAAUGGGGUAAUGUAAUAUAAUAUGUAAUGUAAUUUUUCCUCUCUUUGUAAGUUUAAGCAUACUAGUUUUUACUCUUUUGUUGAAAAAGAGUUUCCUUUAGCCAAAUAAACAAAGAGAGAGAUUAACUAUAUAUCAAUGUCUUUGAUUUU